GUCCACGCCCCCUGGGGGCGGAGCCACAUGCGCUAGUCUCGCGAGCUGCUGAGAAGGACGAAGGGAGCAGAAAAAUGUCCCCUCGCGGUCCUUGCAGUCCUUCGAUCCCGCUACCCUGGGCUGCCGCCCUGCUCCUCGCUCUGGGCGUGGAAAGGGAUCUGGCGCAACCCGAGAUCUGCGUCCGUUGCCCUGGGAGUGUGCGAAAUUUGUCAGAAGUGGCCUCUUACUGUAAGCAUACACCAGAGCUGAAGUUGCGAGCCCGCUGCUGCCUGAAUCAGAAGGGCGCCAUUCUGGGGCUGGAUCUCCAGAACUGUUCUCUGAAGGACCCUGGUCCAAACUUUUCUCAGGCACAUACUGCUGUCAUCAUAGACCUGCAAGCAAACCCCCUCAAGGAUGACUUGGCCAACGCCUUCCGUGGCUUUACCCAGCUCCAGACGCUGAUACUACCACAAGAUGUCAACUGUCCUGGAGGUAUUAAUGCCUGGAAUGUUGUCACGUCUUACCCAAACUAUCAAACCUGCCAAGGGCAAAGGGACUUUUGCAAUAGCACUGGGGAUGCAGAAAUAUGUCCUGAGAAUGGAUCUUGUGUGCCUGAUGGUCCAGGCCUUUUGCAGUGUAUUUGUGUCGAUGGUUUCCAUGGCUACAAGUGUAUGCGCCAGGGCUCGUUCUCGCUGCUUAUGUUCUUUGGGAUCCUGGGAUCCACCACAUUAUCCAUCUCCAUCCUGCUUUGGGGGACCCAACGCCGAAAAGCCAAGGCUUCAUGAACCACAUAUGUCUUGCUGCUGACCUAAAGAACGUCCCAAUCUAUCUUAGCCCAGCCAGGCACAUUUGCUUCCGACACGGACUGGCCAGAGGGUCCUCCUUGAGGCUGAGGCCGAGGUUGGAAGGAAGAUGGAACAUCGCACAGUGCUGGAGAAUUAUACUCCAACCCGAGAGUGGACUAGUACCAGUUCCCUUUUGUGCUGUUAACUGUAAUAAACUUUUUUUUUAUUUUUAGGGAA